AUGAGCAGUUACCCAGGACCGUUUUCGCCCGUGGGGCAACGGCAUCCCAAUGGCAACGGGCGUGGGCGCUUCGAUGCGGCGCGCAGUCCGCCGAGCAGCAAGAGUACGGCACAUGUCCCGUGCAAGUUCUUCCGGCAGGGCGUCUGCCAGGCAGGCAAGGCCUGUCCCUUCCUGCACUCGACCGAACCCGCGACCGACACAGCGCCCUGUAAAUACUUCCAGAAGGGAAACUGCAAGUUUGGUGCCAAGUGCGCUCUCGCCCACAUUCUGCCUGAUGGCCGCACCGUCAACCGGCCCAACCUGCAGAUGGCCCGCCAUCCCUUUGGCCGUCUGCCCAUGCACCACCCGCCCGGCCCUGCGCCCACCAGCUCGCUGCUCACCAUGCAGGCCAUGGCCGGCCCAGACUCUGCCCCGCCCUAUCCAUACCCCGCCGAUGACCCUUACCGCCAGAAAGACCUCUACGAUAUGAUACCCACCAUCGACACGACCUUCUCCUCGCACCCCGGCUCCGCUUACGGCUCGCCUCCCAACGACUCCAAGUUGCCGCUUUCGCCCAUCCAGAAGGGCCUUAGCGUCAUGGACGCGCCCCUCCCCGCCUCCUUUGAUAGCCAGGGCAUCUCGCACAUCGCCCGUUAUGGCGCCAUCGCCGCAUCCGUCCCCUCGCACUUCGGCCUCGAGUCGUCGCCGCCCUCAUCAUACCAGAACAAGGCCACCGAGUCGGCUGCGCUGCGGAAUUUACACAGUUCGGCGUUUGGCGAUGACGUGCGCGCGCGAAACGGCCUGGGGUCGUCUCCGCCUGCUGCCGAGGAGCCGUUCGGCGGUCGGCGCAUUCUACACUCGGAGCGCUACGCGCGGCCCAGGAUGCCAAUGUCGGCGAGCCUGGGCGCGCGUACGCCCAUCGGCCCGGACGACUGGGACGAGAAUUUCGCGUUUGAGGAGGACCUCGUGCCCAACAGCCUGCACGAGCUGCUGACGCCGCAGGAGAAGAUGCGUCGUUUCUCGCGCGCAGGCGACGAGGACCACAGCUUCAACAACCACCGGCACUCGCUCUCGGGGCUUGGCACGCCCGGCGAGUCCAAGAUCGGCUCGCCCCUGGCAUCGUCGCCCUCGCGCUUCGGCGCUCUUUUUUCGCGCACACACAAGCCGGCCGAGGACGUCAGCUCGAGCCCUGGCGCGUCCGUCUUCGGGCACGUCGGCUCCCCGCUGCGCAGCAGCAGCCUCAACCCCAACGCCAGCCCGUCGCUGCGGCCGAUGGGCGACGCGCUGGGCGGCGGACCGCGGCGCACGCCGUCGGGUGACGUGAGCCCGUUCCUGGCGAGCCCGCCGCGACAGGCCAGCAUGAGCAUGAUCAGUCAGCAGCUGCAGCGUACGCGGCUCUCGUCGCGCGUGGAACCCGGGGUGGGCGGACGGCCCGGCUUGAGCGCCAUGGACCGCGCCGUCAGCAGCAACUCAGUCAGCCGCGAGCGCAUCGACGAGGAGCAAGAGCAGGGCCUCUUCGACAUGGAGGAGGAGGACGGCAGCAACCUCGGCGUCAGCGGCAUCGGCACCGGCAGCAGCGCAAUUGCCACGGAGCGCAAGAACAAGCGCCUCAGCGGCGGUACGGGCAGCACGACUCCCCUGGUAGGCAGCCCCCUCGGCAGCAGCAGUGUUUGGGGUGGCUUCGGCUCCCUGGGCGGUCUCGGCGCUGUUCCGCCGAGCUCGUCGUCGCCCGGCCCGAAUCUGGGGCUUGGUGGUGCGGCGAGUGCGUCGGCGGCGCCUGGGGCGCCGGUUAGGGACAGCGCGGGGCCGGGGUCCGGGGCUUGGGGGACGUCGUGA